AUGCGAAUACAACGAUUUUGCCACAAUAUCCAUCAAAUUCUUCGUCUCCGCCUGAAAUUCGUGUCUCUGCGGUUCCGAAGCCAUCCAUCUCUUCUGUGGGGCGUGGCUUGUCGUAACUGGAGUAAAGUGGGCGGAGCUUGCCAAGUGGAGUCUGGAGGCGGCACGCCAGACCCGAGUGGACAGAAUUCUGGACAUCUGGACAAAUUUCUGGAGUUCAGGACAGAAAAUGAUGAGAUAUCAUUCAUUUCUUCUUUGGCGUUUUCCUGGCUUUUCGUUGAAAUUGACCGAGAACAUAGUCAUGACUGUUCUGUGACGAUGACAACAUGUCAUUGUAGUGUCGAUGAACUUCAGUCACUGAGAAGUCUAAUGCCGGAUUCGUUGACAGCGAAUCGUUGUGAUUCGGCAAUUGUUCGUACAUCAUAUCGGUGA